CGACUUUUCCUGGGGCACUACUGCACAAACAGCAGCCGUGUCAACGCUAACGCAUUACAAUUUUGUGUGCCACAGAAGCUCACAGAAGAAAACCCAAACGUCUCCAAACAUAGGUUCGCGGUGAACUUUUCGCCGUCCUUAGCAGGCGGCCAACACAGGAGAGGUUCUUUGCGUGUGCUGCUAGAAUCGUGACGAAUCAGGGCAUGUGUAACAACAUCGAAAAAGGCAGUUCAACACCCGCUCCACAGGUGUAGUUAAUCGUUCCCAAACCGUUUCCAAAACGCUCCUGAAUUGCUGUGGCGCAUGGCAUUAAAUUUUGUUACAACAGAAACUAGUGUAUAAUUGUUCGUGGUGAGCAUCGACUGCUUGGAUUGAGUGUCGACUUCGAGAAAUCGGUUGUUGGGUAGAAACGGUAAUAGACUAAGUACGCGAACUACUGUGGAUGAAUGUAUACAUCCAGGGUGCAGUGUAUAAUUAUUGUCCCUCGAUAGUGUACGCAAAGGUGUUAAAUUCAGUGCUGCAGGUGUGAAUUUGUAGUCUCGCGCUAUAGUAUUUAUGGGCCAAAAGGCCUAGCUGUGUACCAUUCCCUCGUUCAAAGGAAAAAGCAUCAAUUUUAUGUGGAAAAUUGGGGUAGUUUACACUAACAAAUAAAAAAAAACCCACAAGUAAUUCUACACACACACACAAAGCGCAACAAACAGGCCUUCUUCCAUCACGGUCGGUGAGUCCUUUUCUUAUCGGACACAAUCUGCGUCAGUCAGUCAGUUGUCCCACAGUCACAAUCUUCGACCUCCAUCUUUCGACGAUUGGUAACGAAAGCCCCAGUCCGUGUGUACGUGUGUGUGUAUGGGCAUGUGUCUAUAGUUGGAGAAAAUGUGCAACAAAUGAAUGAGCAGCAGCAGCAGCAGCAGCAACAGCAUCCGAGUGGUUCAAUGUCGUACGUGCCCCAUUUAGAUCCAUCAGCUGCCGCGCAUGAUACCGCCAAUGACAGCGUCACAUCCGUGAAGUCACUUCCCUUUAGCGUCACCAGCGUUACCGUCAACACGGUGGAAAAUAAGGACGAAUUUUAGAUUCUUGCACAAGAAAGGAAGGAACGAAGCAGGGGCGCUAGACGGAUAGCAGGAGCGGCACUUGUUACAGCAGAACCUACGUCAUCGCAAAACACGCUCGAAGGGGAUCGCUGCGGCGGAAUUUAACAUUUCAAAAUGCUUCCAGCAAACGUAAUGUCGUUCAUGAAGAAGAUGGUGGCCACCGAUGAGGCAUCCCAUCAGCAACCAUCGAUGGAAAACACGGGAGCCUUCGGGAAGCUGAAGCAAACCCUUUCCACAUCGCUGCUGACGGCACAGGACAGAGUGAAUAAAAUGUCCCCACGCCCUUCACUGGUGCCGGAUGCAAUGGAGACGACACCACAGGAUGACCCUUACAAGGAUACGCCAGUCCCCGAGAAGGUGUCUAAUGAGGGCAACAAGUUCAACACACGGUCUGGUUCGUGCCGGAUAUGUUUGAAAUCGUUUAAACCGAACGACUUCAAAAAGACCUGCGUCGAGUGUGAUCAGAAGGUUUGCGAAGACUGUGCCAGCUAUAGCAAGCUACAAGAUUCGGAAGAUCUGGAUCUUUGGCGAUGUAGCGUCUGUCGACGAAAGAUGGCGUCCCGUAUUUGCAUACCGCAGGAAUCGACCGACUCUGCUCUGGAGGUGCCAGUUAUGGAGACGCUUCAGCGACGCCAUUCGGACAUUAAGCUAGGCUUCAACCAGCAUCUGGACGAUGGCAAGGGUUCAGCGUUGGCUCCACCUCGCAGUCCCGAGCUGCGUCGCCAUUCGGACGUUUCGCCGGCAUCGUUGAAGGAGUUGGAAAAGUUGAAAGGUGUACAGAAUCCGAAGAAUGAUAUGGAUUGGCGCAAGGGUCACAGUGCCGCACCGAGCCGAUCAUCAAGCCCGCCCGGUCGGAAGGAAAUGGAGCUGGGCACACCGCGCGUUUUUUCACGCCGGCCCUCAACCAAGAUGUCCCGCCAGCGAAGCUACGACGACGAGUUCAAAACGAUGAGUUCCGAUACGAAUCUGGCCGAGGCGGGCCUUAACCUGCCGCCACCGAUGCCGCGGCGAAAGUCGGCGUACGAUGUGUACGCACCGGGCGUUUUAGUAAAUGCGAUGCAGUCGGUAAAGCUAGCCCCGGACGAUCCGGAAAAGAUCAGCACAUCGCGCCGCUCGUCGAUGAAGAUGAUGGCGGACGGGAGCGAGUUCGGUGCGGACGAUCAUACGGUGGCCGAUAUGAAAGCGGCCGGACUGAUUGUGGACGAUGAUCGACGGCACAAGCGACGUGGAUCGCAGCUACCCGACAUUCCGGCACUGAAAGACAAAACUGCCCAGAACUCUGCGAACAUAUCAGUCUAUCAGUGUCCGGCGUUGGAGGACUUGGAAGCACCCAAGCGGCAAACAUCGUUGGAUGGGGAAGGUAUCAAGAUCGUGAUACACGAUGCAGACGCUGGACCACUGUGUGCCGCCAAAAGGAGCGUGCUAUUGCGAAGAGAUCCCUCGGAUAAAGCGCACAGAACACGAGGAUUUGGAAUGCGUGUAGUCGGUGGUAAAACAGGUGCCGAUGGACGACUUUUCGCGUACAUUGUGUGGACCGUACCGGGAGGACCUGCCGAGAAAGGUGGUCUCCAGCAGGGUGAUAAGAUUCUGGAAUGGUGCGGUACCUCGCUGACAGAUCGCAGCUUUGAAGAGGUGUGCGCCAUUAUGGAUCGCACGGGUGACACGGCCGAACUGCUGGUCGAGCAUGCCACAGACUUUAAGAUGUGUGAGCUGUUAGACGAAGGUGGCAUGGGCAUGAACGUUGGCUCGACUUACAGCAGCAGUAAUUCGACACGAGCUUUACCGGACACUAAUGUGCAUAAUCUAGCAUCAGAGAGUGAAUCAACGAUGGACAAAUCUCCCUCUUCACCGACCAGACGCAAAUUGCCUAAAACACCGGAACAGAUAGCAAAGGGCAAGUUAGUGUCCGGUAGGGUUCAGGUGCAUGUUUACUAUCACGGCGAGCGAAACGAACUUGUCGUUUCGGUGAUGGCUGCCGAUGACCUGCCGGAGCGCGAUGAAUCGCUGGGCUAUGGCAUGUAUCCGGAAGCCUAUGCGUCGAUCAAGUUGCUACCCAAAACGAACGAAUCGCAUGUCGCCCAGACCGAAGUGUCCACUCCCUCUCUGAAUCCCAUUUGGAACGCGACCAUUACCUUCCAGGACGUGUUCAGUGACAAUCUGUUAGACCGUAAGAUAGAGAUAGUGCUCUACGAUCUGUUGCCCCACUCGGAGCCCAUCUUUCUCGGCGAGUGCUCGGUGAAGCUGCAGAAAGCCUGCCUGGACGAUGUGGCCGUCUGGUACCGGCUGGAGGAUCCGAACCAUCUGCGCGGUUCGGGCCCGGUACCGCCUGCCCGCCUCCGACGCCGCUCAACCACCGCCUCCCAGAGCUCGAUCGAUGAAAGUUCGGCUUCGUUCGGCCGGUACGGCAGCAUCGAGGGAUCGCGCUUCCAGCGUUCGAUCUCGGACGAUGUCGACAGCCUGGACGAGAGCCGAUACCUGCUUCAUCCGAACUGGUCCGUGUCCGCGAGCAGGCGCGGUUCGACGCAGUCGGAAAUUCAGAUGCAAACGCUCGAGGUACACCAGAUCGGCAAGGAUUACUCAAAAUCGUUGCCCGGUUCGCGACGUUCGUCGUUUCAGGACACGAAGGAUCAGCUUACUGUUGGACCGGCCCAUUAUUCGCGCCGCUAUUCGACGGGUCGAACCGGUGGUACGGGUGGUACGGGUGGGCGUGAGGUACCACCAGAGCGGAAACUGUCCUUCGGUGGAACGAUCGGGGGCAUUGGCAGCGGUGGUGGUUCGCGAACAGAAUUCAUGCGCACCAUGAGCCUUUCGCGGGAGCUUGACAUGAAGAAUCGCAAAAAGAAGCGACUGUUCUCGUAAGGAACACUGCAAUGCAACGCAACGAAACUAAUAACACGAAUAUUCGAACGAAAACAAAACAACAACAUGAACGACACCGAAGCACAAUCAAGCAAAGUGCCCCACAACGGCAAACGCACCGUUGGGUGGCCAACACACAAAUGGUUUUGAAACUUAGACAAUGAGCAGGGAGAUGAUGGCGAAGGAUGUUAAUGGUUCACACACGCACACCAAACAUAGGAGUAACAUUUAAGAAGAGAAGAAAUAAAAUCCCUUGGCACACAACGCAACGUACGGGGGUGGGGAAACGUUCCCAAGGUAUGAGCUCUUUAUCAACGGUUGCAAGACACGUGGCGGAGCAGGUUGGCGGAUGCAUAAUUAUACACCUUCAUCAUCCUUCUCGUUUAUAUAGGGGUGUGUUUUUUGCACGUGCGACCAUGGCCGCGCGCGCGCGAUCCAUUUUACAAGAUUAUAUACAUAUAUAUCAUGUUUUUUGUGUAGCAAAUAUUUCAAAAGUUUACAGAACAUCACUUUCAACACAUGUUACAUUACGUAGGAGAAACGUAAAACGAAAUAAACUAUAAUUCCGGUAUAUUAA